AUGGCACUGACUGAAGGUUGGCCUCAGCAUCCAGAACAGGCCAUCUGUAAUCAGAAUGCUAUAAAAGCAUUGUUACAUGACAUGUCCGAAGAAUGUGCCAUCUGUAAUCAGAAUGCUAUGAAAUCAUGGUUACAGGACAUGUCUGAAGAACGUGCCUUCUGUAAUCAGAAUGCUAUGAAAUCAUGGUUACAGGACAUGUCCAAGGAAUGUGCCUUCUGUAAUCAGAAUGCUAUGGAAUCAUGGUUACAGGACAUGUCUGAAGAACGUGCCUUCUGUAAUCAGAAUGCUAUGGAAUCAUGGUUACAGGACAUGUCUGAAGAACGUGCCUUCUGUAAUCAGAAUGCUAUAAAAGCAUUGUUACAUGACAUGUCCGAAGAAUGUGCCAUCUGUAAUCAGAAUGCUAUGAAAUCAUGGUUACAGGACAUGUCCAAGGAAUGUGCCUUCUGUAAUCAGAAUGCAUGGAAUCAUGGUUACAGGACAUGUCUGAAGAACGUGCCUUCUGUAAUCAGAAUGCUAUGGAAUCAUGGUUACAGGACAUGUCUGAAGAACGUGCCUUCUGUAAUCAGAAUGCUAUAA